UGACAUGAUACAUUUGCCUGAUACUCAAAAUUACAAAACAACCCUACCCUUCUUCCUCAUUAAUCAGAUUGUCAAGACGAACCCCUACGCAAAGCGGCGCUCUGGACCUUUUGCAGCGGGGCACGAUACAUAUCUUCGGCGGCGAUGGGAGUACCGGCGUUUUACCGCUGGCUAGCGGAGAAGUACCCAAUGGUCGUUGUUGAUGUUAUAGAGGAAGAAGCCGUGGAAAUUGACGGCAUUAAAAUUCCCGUCGAUACAAGUAAACCUAACCCUAAUCAAAUUGAGUAUGACAACCUUUAUCUCGAUAUGAACGGAAUAAUCCAUCCCUGUUUUCACCCCGAAGACCGGCCUUCUCCAACCUCUUUUAAUGAGGUGUUCCAGUGCAUGUUUGACUACAUCGAUCGGCUCUUUGUGAUGGUGCGACCUAGGAAAUUGCUUUAUAUGGCUAUUGAUGGUGUUGCUCCAAGGGCAAAAAUGAAUCAGCAGCGAUCUAGGCGGUUUAGAGCAGCCAAAGAUGCAGCAGAUGCGGCAGCUGAGGAGGAAAGGCUUAGAGAGGAGUUUGAGAGGGAAGGCAGAAAGCUUCCUCCCAAACAAGAAUCACAAACUUUUGACUCAAAUGUCAUCACCCCUGGGACUGAAUUUAUGGCUGUUCUCUCCGUUGCUCUCCAGUACUAUGUUCACCAAAGAUUAAACAAUGAUCCUGGAUGGAAGCCUAUAAAGGUUAUCCUUUCGGAUGCUAAUGUUCCUGGUGAAGGGGAACAUAAGAUAAUGUCAUAUAUUCGGCUACAAAGGAACCUUCCUGGUUUUGAUCCAAACACCCGCCAUUGCUUAUACGGAUUGGAUGCUGAUCUCAUCAUGUUGGCUUUAGCUACCCAUGAAGUCCACUUUUCGAUACUUAGAGAGGUUGUAUUUACUCCUGGACAACAAGACAAGUGUUUUCUUUGUGGUCAAAUGGGAAAUGCUGAGGUUGUGCCCAAGAAACCAUACCAGUUUCUCAACAUAUGGACUCUUAGAGAGUACCUUGAAUAUGAGAUGAGAAUUCCUAAUCCUCCUUCCAAGAUUGAUUUUGAGCGAAUAGUUGAUGACUUUAUCUUCAUGUGUUUUUUUGUUGGGAACGACUUUCUACCACAUAUGCCCACUUUGGAAAUACGUGAGGGUGCAAUUAAUUUACUGCUAGCGGUGUAUAAAAAGGAGUUUAGGAACCUGAAUGGGUAUCUGACUAAUGGAAGCAAGCCAGACCUUAAGAAAGUGGAGCAGUUUAUUCAGGCGGUGGGGUCAUACGAAGAUAAAAUAUUUCAGAAAAGAGGGCGGUUGCAUCAGAGACAAGCGGAAAGGAUAAAACGUGAGAAAUCUCAAGCAAAAUCUCAAGCAAUGAGAGGAGAUGAUGCGGCACCACAAAUGGAACCGGACUCAUUAGUUCCAGUCGGCCGCUUUCAGGGAUCACGUCUUGCUUCUGGACCUUCCCCCUCACCAUACCAUUCCCGACCACAAAAACUUGCACGCCUCUCCACCUCUUCUUCUGUUGGUGCUGCCAUUGUUCAAGCUGAGUCCAGUCUUGAAAAUGAUGUACUUGACAAUAAGGAAGAACUCAAAACAAAACUCAAGGGGAUACUUCGUGACAAGUCUGAUGCUUUUAAUUCUGACCAGCCCGAGGAAGAUAAGAUAAAAUUGGGAGUGCCUGGAUGGAAAGAGAGGUACUAUGAAGAGAAGUUCUCUGCAAGUUCCCCUGAAGAGCUUGAGGAAAUACGGAGAGAUGUUGUAAGAUUCCAAAACCUUUUUCAGUUGAUUCCGUCCUGUGCUUAG